AUGAAUCUUCAGAAACUAAUUUCAAUACGAGAAGGUCAGCGCAGAGUUGUACAGGGGAAAUUAGACAGUAUAACUGAUGAUAUGUCGCCACUUGAAUUUAUGUCGCUGAUAGACUUUUUGACAGAGAAAGCUGAGAUAAUCAAAGGACUGAAUGAGAAGAUAGUAAACCAGUGUGAUGUCGCAGAAAUUGAAACUGAAAUUGUAGAAAGUGAAGAGUAUUCAUACGACUUAGAUCUCAGAAUUCAGAAAUUACGUGACACUUCUCGCAAGCAUAGUCAAGAUUUUACAAAUAAUAGUUCUGUGGAUAAUGAAGAAAACCCAGCGUUACCACGUCGUGCAGGUUCGAGUACUUUUUUUCAACACAAGCUUCCGAAACUGACUUUACCUACCUUUGAUGGAGAUCUAACAGCCUGGCAAACUUUCUGGGACUCUUUUGAGUCAUCGGUUCAUCUAAAUGCUUCGUUAUCGGACGUUCAGAAGUUCAACUAUCUGAAAUCUUUGCUUCAAGGUACAGCUUCACGGUGUAUAGACGGAUUUCCUUUGACGAAUACUAACUAUUCCAAGGCAGUGAGUCUACUCAGAGAGCGUUUCGGUAAGUCUCAGAAGAUUAUUCAUACGUACAUGCAGUCUUUGUUGGAACUUGCAAAACCUGACAACAGUGUGGUGAGUUUACAAUGUUUUUAUGAUAAAAUGGAAACUUUUAUUAGAGGUUUGGAAUCCCUCGGACAAUCGCAAGAAUCAAACGGUAGUGUAGUUAACUUGUACCAAUAG